AUCAAAUUGACGAUUUGGAAAUGAGAAGUCGACGUGAUAAUCUUGUGUUCCACGGUUUACCAGGAUCGGCGGGUGAGACUUGGGAGCAGUCAGAAGAGAAAGUGCGUGAGUUCAUGUCUGAGACUUUACAUAUGGGUAACGAGGCUGAGACAGUGUUGAUUGCGAGAGCGCAUCGAAUCAACCCCAGAAACUCACGAUCGCCUGUAAUAGCGAAGUUCUUGAAAACUAGUGAAAGAUCAACAGUGUUCAAGAAAGCUAGAGAAAUUCUGGGAAGAGAUGGUUAUCAGCGAGUGACCGAGGAUUUCACGCAGCGGGUACGCGAGGACAGACGAUCACUCUCGCCUUGGUUUGUCAAGGCCCGGGACGACAACAAGCGUGUGAAGAUGAGGCAGAAUAAGCUGAUUAUUGAUGGAUCAACCUACAUGUACGAUCGUGAGAAGGGCGACAUUGUGUGUGUAUCAGGACGGCGAUCAGACCGUCUCCGAUCGACGCGUGGAUCUUCAACUCCAUACAGAGAUGCAGUGACAAUAAACGCACGUGGUGCUUUGUUUACAUCCGAACGCGGAAGUAGUGUUGAGGAAAGGGAGGUCACUCCAAGUGCAAGCUAG